ACUCGGUAUCAUCAAGUACCUCAAGUAUUUGUGGGGAAAUAUUGAUAUAUUAUCUUAAGCAUCAAAACAGCAGCAUGUCGAUAAAUUCUAGAUUACAUUCAGUAUAACUAAUUGGUACUGGAGAACCACAUUAAGGAGAAAUAAUUGGCACGUGAAAUCGUCUUUGAUAUUUUCACAAGAGCUUUCCGUUUUAUAAUCAGAGGCAUGUGUAUUAAAUGCGAGGCAGUUCACGCUAGAGGCACACGCGCAUGGGAGUCAGAUUUUAACAGCGUUUAAUAUAAGAGUUCAUGAAUAGAAAAAUGUCGCUGCUUGUUUAUUUUCUUGGAACGUUUGUUUUGCUUUUCCAUGGCGGACAGUGUGAAUUAACAUGGGAAAAGGUGCUCUCUGCACGACUGGACGAUAUCGUCUUUGAUAUGAAGUUAAAUGAUAUGUCAAUGAUGAAACAGGUUAAGGAUCUCAUGUCUAUGAUGACUGCGACCAAUCAGCAGUUGGCCUCCUUUGAAAAGAGGCUCAGUGAUGUGGCUAAUUGCAGUCCGAAGUCGGUCGUUGUCGAUGAGAUAUCCGUUAAUAUAGAGACUUACGUGAAAAAAGUCGCUGAGGCGGAGGUAGGGCGACGGAUGCAUCUGUUGAGAAGAGGUCUGGAGCAGGAAAAGGCGGCAUCGAUGACACGAUUUGAAUAUCUCCGGAAGAAUCAAGAGCAAAUCCUUUUGCGGACAGCUCAUAUGGAUAAGCGUUUGAAUGUAACGCAAGUUAAUGUAUCAAAUCUAGAACAUGAGGUGAUAGGUACGGUUUAUAACACGAGUAUCUUUUUGGAAGGGUCAAGGCGCUUGAAAAUACGCAGGAAGCGAUGAAAGGGACUGAGGACAACAAGAGAGCGUUGAUCGCGCUCAUUGAAAAUGAAGUUAAGUCUACGAAGCGAAACACCAAUACGCUCCAGUCUCAGGUUCAAACCCUCGUGACAACGCAACAUGAUCUUCAGACCAAGACAAGAACGAUCGAAGCACAGGUCGAUACGCUACGAACGGAUAUAUCUCGGCUGAAUGAAGACAAAACGGGAGCGCUGGUAGCGGUCAUUUCAGAGGAAGUUAAGUCUACGCAGCGCAACUUUAACACACUCCAGUCAAAGGUUCAAACCCUUGAGGAAACACAAACGGAUCUUCAGUCAAAGACACGGACUAUCGAAGCAAAGGUCGAUAGGACGAGAGCGGAUGUAAUGCGGCUUCAACGUAUCACCGUGGACGGACAGUGGGGUUCAUGGGCUGCAUGGUCAUUGUGUACCUCUCACUAUAACCAGACACGGACUAGAGUCUGCGACAAUCCAGCACCGCUAAAUGGCGGGAGAGUUUGCCCCGGCCUAAUGACGCAAACGCUAAAAUGUUACACUUCUUCAUGCAGAGUGAAAGAUUGCUCCGAGCUACUUAGCAGAGGUGACGCAAAGCAAAGUGGUGUAUACACCAUCACCACCCCGCUCUCUCACACGAAGAUACUUGUCUACUGUGAGAUGGAGAUUGAUGGCGGAGGCUGGACGGUCUUUCAAAAGCGGUUUAAUGGCAGUGAGGAUUUUUAUCGGAAAUUCAGUGACUAUGAAAACGGUUUUGGAUCUGUCUACGCGGAACACUGGCUGGGUCUUAAAUACAUUUACGAGAUUACAUCUAGCGGUUCCUACCAACUCCGUGUGGACAUUGUACGUUCGAACGGAAGCAAGGGAUACGAUGUGUACGAGGGCUUUAGUCUUCAGCCUGGAACGAACUACACACUGAACGUUGGGUCGCGUAUACGGUCAAAUGGUCUUUUCAACACAUACCACUCAUUUACUGAUGGAAGCCCUAAAGGGAAACCGGUCGGAAAUGCCUUCAGUACGUAUGAUCAUGACGUUGACCGGCAUUUGCGGAACAACUGUGCAGCAGACUUGAAAGGGAGCUGGUGGUACAAUUACUGCUAUACUUACAUCAAUCUGAAUGGACUUUACCAACCAGGACAAUACGGUUCGACGUUCAUGAAGUAUGACUCUGACUACGGUCUUGCUGCUAGCACCAUGAUGUUUAAAAGUGUGUCAUAACAAUGCAUCAUAUUAAAAUUGUGUGUAUUAGUCUUUUGCACCACCUAAUACACCUCAAUACGACCACACGUUGUGCGCAAUGAUCUUACUGUCACAAACUAUAUGAUGCAAUGUCUCUUAAGUUUAUAUUUUAAAUAAAGACAAUAUGUAGUUGAUACUCGUUUUGGUUUGCAGUUAUAAUGAACUGUUGUAAUGGUUCUUGUGUUAUGAUCUUUAUAUAACCGUUUAGCAGUUAAAUAGUUACGAAAUGCUAAUGCAUUCUCCUUUAUUGCUUAUCAAUUUUAAAUAUGAUGCUAUGAGGUUAAUACUUAUGUUGAAUUCAAUAUGAAAUGAAUGCUUCUCGAUCAAGUGUGAAGUUUGAAGCUCCUUAACACCGGUUUAAACCCUCGGUGUUUUUGUAUUGACCGUUCCAAGGCGGUGACCCCGGAGUUGUUCAUGGUAUUUUGUGCUGCUGCAAUGAUAUGCGUAUUUUGUCUUGUAUAUUUGUUUUGUAUCUCACUGUUUUGCAACUGAUUCCUCGCCAUAUAUAUACAACAUUGUAUAAUAUAAGAUUUCUCUAUAAUGUCUGAGCAGCUGUAGUUUAAUUCUAUGUGUAUGACACCUGGCAAUAA